CGCACGAGCACUUUCCGUGAAUGGUUCAUUGCCUAGCCGUCCUUAUCGAUAGGGCCUUCUUGGCAUACAGCUGCCUGUUGACUACCAGAGUACAUUCACACCCCGCCACAGCUUCAUUUGCAGUUCCCCCCAGCGUUUUCUACACAUCUCGCCUAAUUACAAUAAGACACUAAUUGCACAUCAGUCGCAAUGGAACAGACUAAAGCGCUCAACGCGCUUGAGCCUUUCCUCGCCCUCAGCAAGUCAGCAAGUUCCCCUCGAGCAGCUAGCGACCUUGUCACGCAAGCUACCUCUGCGCCAAACACAUUCGUUUUUGCCGAGCUUAUACACACGCCCAACAUCCAGAAGCUCCGGGAGUCCCAAGAGUACGCGACAUAUCUCACACUGCUGGAGAUCUUUGCGUGGGGAACAUGGACAGACUACAAAGGACGCACCGACCUCCCCAAGCUCUCAGAAAAGCAGCACGAGAAGCUCCUCAUGCUGUCGCUGCUCCCACUAGCCCGCUCACACGCCACCCUCACAUACCCCGCGCUCAUGUCCGCAUUGGACCUCCCCACCCCGCGCGCCCUCGAACAACUCCUCACAACCGCCAUAUACGCAGGCCUCCUCACCGCGACCCUCGAUCCCGCACACUCCGUCGUCUCGGUCACCAGCGUCGCGCCCCUCCGAGAUCUCGCGCCGGGCUCGCUCCCCGCGCUGCAGGCCACCCUCGCCAGCUGGUCGAACCGCUGCGACUCUGCGCUUCAGGACUUGGAGCUGCGUGUCGCGGAAGUCAGGAAAGCUGCGGUGGAGCGCGAGAUGCUGAGGCGGAAGAAGGAGCGCGCGUUGGAGGUCAUGCUGUCGCUGAGCGAGGACAAGGGAAAGGGCGGUGGCAAGGCGCGAGAUGAGGGGUACGAGGAUGCGAUGGACAUCGAUGACCAAGGCGGGAGUGGACGCCAGACGAGGGGCACCAAGAGGGGCUUUGCGGGUGGGUUCUCUGGACUGGGGAAGAGGCUGGGUUGAGAGGUGCAGGCGGAGCAUCACGUUUAUGAGCUACGACACGACUGGCAUGGAAGAUGGUCCCAGCUGGCACAGGUGCUCUCGAGCGGCAUACACGAAGCGUUCGUUGCGCCGAAUCGAUCGGAUUAUGAUUACUCCAAGCAAUGCAUUUGCAGGCGUUAUGCACACAUGGAGCACUAGGGCUAAGCGCUACACUCAGAUACCAUCCUGAGGAAGAAAUAGUGGUACAGUCGAAUACACCAUCUUCUGGAAAGAAUCACUGCAGCAUUGUAUCUACCGAGAUCCUGUAUCGCGUUGCAUUCUGAUGCACAUUCACAC